GUUGUCAUCUUGGCCGCCGGGAUGGUGGCCUUCAUCGGGGCUGUGAUCUGCAUCAUCGCGGCCGUGCACACCGGCUCCUCCAGGGGAGCCGCGGCGGCUCAGCGCCAGCCCGCGGCCGACAACCACUCUCUGUUCCCGGACGCUGCGGCGCAGACUCCCGCCGCCGGGGGCUCCGUGGCGCGCGCCGGAGCGCUCGGAGCUCUCCACGGUUCUGAAACGCCUGACUCGGAGGCGCCCACUUUCCGCGCGGGUCUGGACGGAGUGACGGGACUCACGGGACACGACCCCACGGUCAGCCGGCUCAUCUGCACCCCGAUCCCCGCCGGGGAGUGCAGCACGAGGAACUUCCAGCAACAAGCGGAGGACCCGGCGCUGUACGCCGGAGAGGACUGGGGCUACCUGCGCACCGCGGCCGAGGAGCUCCGGCACACCGUCCGCCAGCAGAAGGAGCAGAUCUCCAGCGAGCGGAGGACCAUCAGGGAGCUGGCGGGGAAGCUGUCCGAGUGCGAGAAGGGGCUCGGGGGGAGAGGACGAGGGGGGAGAGGCGGGGGGAGCAGCAGCGCGGAGAGGCGCGGGCACCCCGCGGGGCUGAGAGGAGCCCCCGAGGAGACGCACCUGGAGCGCAUGAUGGUGCGGGACAGCCCGGCCUCAGAGCCCGACGGAGGCCACCUGCUGACGGCUGGAGCCGUGGAGCAGCUGGAGCAGGCCAUCAGCCAGCUGCAGGACCGCAUCGAGAAGCUGGAGGUGGCACAGCUACCUCUGAACCUUUCUCAAGGCAGCUGGCAGCACAUUUGUGUGAGUUGGACCCAAAGGGGGGGAGCGUGGCAGGCCUACCAAGGGGGAAAGCUGAAAGGUGAGGGCAACGGCCUUGCUGCUGGGCAUCACAUCAGACCUGGAGGAAUGCUCGUGCUAGGACAGGAGCAGGAUUCCCUGGGUGGAGGUUUUGACUCAACCCAGGCUAUGGUUGGAGAACUGUCUCAGGUGGGCCUUUGGGAUAGAGUUCUGUCGUCAACCCAGGUUGUCAGCUUGGCUCGAUGCGGCAGAGUAACCCAGGGCAUCGUAGUCCCUUGGACCGAGAACGGGAUUGGAGCUUACGGCGGAGCAACCAAAGACCCAGGGGAGCCAUGUAGUAAACAUAAGAGCCCCCAGUGACUUUUUGGGAAGAUUUCAUCUGGCCAGUACCUCUGCUGAUCGAGGAGGUUAUAAACACACACAAAAAGCAUUGCAAGGAGUGGGGCAGCGUGUGAAAACAUUCAAAACAGAAAUGAUGGUUCAUACCAACAUGAUAUAAGUAGAGGCUGUGCAAUAACUUCAUAUUUUUAAUAAACUUGCCAACACUUUUAUGAAGGUCCAUGGGAGAAUUGCAACACAAGAUGUAAUUUAUUCAAAAGUAGAGUUGGAAUGUUGCAUAAUGUCAUGUUUAC